AUGGCUCCUCCUCAAUCCGAAAAGAGCCAAUUGAAGCGAACUAGAGGCUCUCUGCCAGAAUCCGAGCUGGAUGCGAAGAAGCCCCGCCGCUCCGACAGGACAUCACCGGAACCCGAGCACAAGACGCCAGUCUCCAAGAAGCACCAGCUUCCCUCACCAGUCACAAGGUCCGGCGAUUCGGACGAGGUCUACAAGGAGCCCACCGCCACACCCCCGGAAGGACGGCCCAGUCAGGUUAACCACCGCGAUAAGGAGGACGCGUCGCAAGUCGUUAACAAUAUCUCAUCGCCUCCCCAGGAGGCUACCCAGGCCUUCUCGCAAUAUGCUAGCGAGAUCAAGGACGCCCUCUCGGACGAGGUCGAGGACGAGGUGAAGGAGGGUGUAUGGGGAUACUUGUUCCCGCUCGAUACCAAAUAUGGCAAGGUUGUGGUCAUGAAGAGGCGGGCUGCCUGCCCCUUGCCGGACGCCCUCGAGGUGAAAGAGUCAACAAGCCUGGCUCAGAAGGGAAAGUCGUCCCUGCAAAAGGAGGAAGAGGCAUAUGAGCGCACAAAGGUCAAGGGAGUUGCCUCGGGCGGUUACUUGAUUGGACGUCAUCCGGAGUGCGACAUCGUCGUGGACGAUCCCAUCAUCUCUAACAGACAUUGCCUGAUCUUCACCGAGAACAAGGGCGGCGAUACCGUUGCGAUUCUGGAGGACCUGUCAAGUAACGGAACCUUCGUCAACGAGGCCAUCGUGGGCCGCAACAAGCGGAGAGAGCUGCAGGAACAGGACGAGAUCGCAGUUAUUGACAAGGCUCGUUUUAUCUUCCGAUAUCCGAAAAGUCGGCAAUCCAGCGCCUUCCUGAGUCAGUACACUCUACUAGAGAAGCUGGGCAAGGGCCACUUUGCCGAAGUGUUUUUAUGUGUCGAAAAAUCUACCGGCCAAAGGUACGCCGUCAAGAUUUUCACGAAAACGACCGGCAUGGAGGAGAGAUCAAAGCAGGAGGGCCUGCAGCAGGAAAUUGCUGUUCUCAUGGGCGUCAGCCACCCCAACGUCCUCUGCCUGAAGGACACGUUUAACGAACGGAACGCCGUGUAUCUGGUCCUCGAGCUAGCUCCUGAAGGCGAACUGUUUAACUUCAUUGUCAUGAGGCAGAAGGUGAGCGAGGACGAGACGCGCAAGCUCUUCAAGCAGCUCUUCCAGGGUAUCAAAUAUCUGCACGAUCGCAAUAUUGUCCACCGAGAUAUUAAACCCGAGAACAUUUUGAUGGUUGACAAGGAACUCAAUGUCAAGCUGGCUGAUUUCGGCUUGGCGAAGAUUAUUGGUGAAGAGUCCUUCACAACCACGCUAUGCGGCACACCCAGUUAUGUGGCGCCGGAGAUUCUGGCCGAGGGCAGACACAGAAAGUACACCAAAGCGGUAGAUAUUUGGUCACUGGGUGUCGUGCUAUACAUCUGCUUGUGUGGCUUCCCGCCCUUUUCGGACGAGCUCUACUCCAAGGAAUUCCCUUUCACGCUGUCGCAACAGAUCAAGAGCGGUCGUUUCGACUACCCCUCGCCCUACUGGGAUUCCGUUGGCGACCCUGCUCUUGACCUGAUUGAUUCUAUGCUUGUUGUCGACCCCGAACGUCGGUAUACUGUGGACCAGUGUCUCAACCAUCCGUGGAUGAUCCAGAACCAGCCUGGUGUAAACGACAGCACUGAUGGCCUUGUUGGUGGCAUUCAAGGCCUGGACGUUCAUCGACGAGGUGUGACCAGAGAACGUACACUACUGAGCUCCUUGAAUUCGGUGCAGGUUACUACAAGGCCGCCUGUUGGGGACAGCAAGAAGCCCGUUCACAUUUAUGCUAAGAACACAAAGAAGAUGACGCCAAAAGAGGCUGACCCUCACGGGCAGAGGGCUGUUGGUGAGUUCGUGGAGAUGGGCGGAAAGGGCGACGAGGCGCUCUAUGGGGCCGAUGGGGAGAGCAUCUACUCGAAGAAUGAUAUUGCUAGCGCCGAGAAGAACGGGGGGAAGUAA